CCAUCUCGAGUGUUUCCAGUCGUGAGACAGACGACGUGCUCAUGCAAGAUUUCGUAGAAACUAUCACCGUCGAUUUUCUUAGAGAGGGUUCCACACUCACGCCAGCCCAUUCCAACUCCCCUUUCACAUUCACAACAUAUGCCCCUCGAGCCUUCAGGUAUUUCCGUGACGUGUUCGGUAUUCUUCCAGAGCACUUUCUGUUAUCUUUGUGUUCGGAUCCUCUGAAAGAGUUGUCCAACCCCGGGGCCAGUGGGAGUCUCUUCUAUUUAUCACAAGACGAUAACUUCAUCAUCAAAACCGUGCAGAAGAAGGAGGCCGCUUUUCUCAGGGACCUACUCCCGGGGUACUUCUUA